GAAAAUCAUAGAAAACAUGUUCUUAGUAGCAUAUUAAAAAUAUACUGACACCGUUGAUAAUCAGUCUCCAUUGAAUAAACCAUCAAAUCGCAUAGGACGAAAAUCAUCAUUGAUUGAAUUGCACAGAGUUGAAAGCGAUUCGAUAAAAUUACGACCCCAAAGAGUGUUGUAAGUAGUUAAGGAUGCUAAGAAACAACUUCUCUCUUAAUAAAACCCUAGGAAUGAGAAAAAAAUUAAACCUAGAGUAGAGACCUCAGAAUGCUAAUAUAGGGGAUUAGAUUUUACAUUUGCCUAGAACUUCUCAAAUAAAUAGAUAAUUCUGAAAGAAUUCUCAACUAAUGGACUCAGAAAACGAUUCUUUGUUUGA